GUUUUAUGGCUCGAUUGCCAAUUCAAAAGAAGAUGCACUUGGCCACUGUUUUAACUUUGCAAAUGAUGGAAAUGGAAAACAUGCUUCUCAUGAUGAUUUUCAUUGCAAUUUGUUUACUUAUUAAGAGAAGUAAUAACAGGAGAGGAAUUAGCUACGCUCAUAUGUUCAAUAGGAGACAUAACUUAAGGACAUUGAAUUUGUGGGAGAUGGCUUUUGAGAACGAUACUUCAUGUGUUGAUAAUUGUAGAAUGGAUAGGCGUGCCUUAAAAAAACUAUGUUAUUUGCUUAGAACCGUUGGUAGAUUGAGGGAAAGCAGGAACAUGAGCAUUGAAGAAAUGGUGAUAUCAUUUCUUCAUAUCAUUGGACACAAUAUAAAGAAUAGGGUUUUGAAACGGCAAGUGGCAAGGUCAGGUGAAACAGUCAGUAGACAUUUUCAGUCUGUUUUAAAUGCUGUUAUAAGACUGCAUAGCAUAUGUUUUAAGAAACCAGAACCAAUACCAGAGACUUGCAUGGAUGAGAGAUGGAGAUGUUUUAAGGGUUGUUUGGGUGCAUUAGAUGGUACAUUCAUCAAGGUUCAUGUUACUGCGGAGGCGAGAGCAAGAUAUAGAACAAGGAAAAGUGAAAUUGCUACUAAUGUCUUGGGUGUUUGCACACCAGACAUGCAAUUUAUAUACGUGUUACCAGGUUGGGAGGGCUCUGCUGCAGAUGGUAGAGUACUCAGAGAUGCAAUUAAUAGGAAACACGGAUUGAAGGUUCCACAAGGGAAUUAUUAUCUUUGUGAUGCUGGAUACACAAACGGUGAAGGAUUUUUAGCACCAUAUAGAGGUCAAAGGUACCAUUUGAGCGAGUGGAAGCAAGGUGCCCAACCUGUAAAUGCCCAAGAAUACUACAAUAUGAAACACUCUCAAGCAAGAAAUUGCAUUGAGAGAUGUUUUGGUAUUUUAAAGAAAAGAUGGGCGGUUUUGAGAGAUAAAUCAUUUUAUCCAUUAAAAACUCAAUGCAGAAUCAUCACUGCGUGUUGCAUUCUUCACAACUUCAUUAGAUCUGAGAUGUCCAUUGAUCCUAUUGAGGCUGAGCUUGAGAGCGAUACUGAUGAUGAUUCUGGUGAUGAUGAGGAGUU